CUUUCCAAGCAAAUUUUCCAUCAUUUAUUUUCCCUUCACUUUCUCUCCGUUCAUAACAUUUUCCUCUAUUUCAUAAACCCUUUCCCUCUCCAAUCCCAAUUCCAACCCUAAUUUUCCUUCCAAUUUCUUCUUCUUCAGCCAUGUCCGUUUAUAGGGUACUUUCUCGAGCUUCCAGAACCUUCACGCUUCUCUCUGCUUCGCAUAAGCCACAACCUCUUUCCACCAAUUUCUUCCAUCAAUUCAGUACCUUUCCUCAUCAAUUGCCCAAUAAGCUUAUUCCGAUUCAAGCCAAUUUGUUGUAUUCUCCAAUAAGUUCAUCCUUGACUCCAAGAUUUGGAUUUUCUUCCUCGGCCUCACCUGAAUCUUCAAGUGAUGACCCUGCAAAAACAAGCGAAAAAGCCAAGGUAGUUGAUCAGAAUGAAGAAGAUAAACGUGAAGGUCAAAGCAGUGAAUCUGAUUCCGAUGUAGAGAUUGAAUGUGAUCUAUCCAGAGAUGAAUUAAUAAAGCUUGUUACUGAGAAGGAAGCACUUUUGAAGUUGAAGCACAAAGAAGUGGAGAAAAUGCAAGAUAAAGUUUUGCGCACCUACGCGGAGAUGGAGAAUGUCAUGGACAGGACUAAUCGCAAUGCGGAGAGUUCAAAAAAAUUUGCUAUACAGAGUUUUGCCAAGAGUUUACUUGAUGUUGCUGACAAUUUGGGAAGAGCUUCUUCAGUUGUAAAGGACAGUUUUUCAAAAAUUGAAUCACCUAAAGAAUCUGAUCAAGCCGCACCACUCCUGAAAACACUUCUGGAAGGUGUUGAAAUGACUGAGAAACAACUUGCAGAGGUACUUAAAAAGCACGGUGUUGAAAAAUAUGAUCCUACAAAUGAACCAUUUGAUCCAAACAGGCAUAAUGCCAUCUUCCAAAUACCCGAUGCUUCCAAGCCUCCAGGCACUGUUGGAGUUGUUCUCAAGGCAGGAUAUAUGCUCUAUGAUCGUGUACUUCGUCCAGCAGAAGUUGGGGUUACACAUGAAGUGGAGGAAGAUAACAAAACAGAUGAAUGAUUAUGGCAUAAAGAAAUUCUUGAGUAAUUGGAUAUUUUCCAAUGGCUUUUUAUGCAGUUCACACUCUAGUUCUCGUUUGCAGAGCUGUAAUUUGUCAAAUGCGGAAAGGGCUGAUGUCUUCUCUUAUAUUUCUGGAGUUAUUUUUUAAUAAUAAUAACAAGAGUAUAUGGAUUUGAUUCCAUGAGAUUUUGGUUGUAUUCAUGCUACUUACUGUUUCAUUAUAGUUGACUCUAUUGUAGUGGCUUUUCUACAUACCCCACAUUAAGUUCAGGAGCUCUCUAGUUUAGUUUUGUCCCUUUCUUUUUAGGAAAUCAUAAUUUGUAAGAGCAAAGAUCGAUCAGUCCUUGUAAGAUUUGAAGUUAAGUCUUGAGAGGAUGCAACUGUUUUUAUUUUCUAAUUUAAUUUAUUUGGUGUG